CGCGCAGCAGGCCCCGCCUCGCCCCACCCCGGUCAGAGGAUAAAUUACCCUCCCAGGUUUGCUGAGGCCCCUGCUCUCAGAUCGCAAACGCCAGCAGCAUGGCCAUGACCUUGGGUUACUGGGACAUCCGCGGGCUGGCUCAUGCCAUCCGCCUGCUCCUGGAGUACACAGACUCAAACUAUGAGGAAAAGAAGUACACGAUGGGGGACGCUCCCGACUACGACAGAAGCCAGUGGCUGAGUGAGAAAUUCAAGCUUGGCCUGGACUUCCCCAAUCUGCCCUACCUAAUUGAUGGGGCCCACAAGAUCACCCAGAGCAACGCCACCCACUACAUUGCUCGCAAGCACAACCUGUGUGGGGAGACAGAAGAGGAGAAGAUUCGUGUGGACAUUUUGGAGAAUCAGCUUAUGGACACCUGCAAUCAACUGGCUAGGGUCUGCUACAGCCCUGACUUUGAGAAACUGAAGCCUGAGUACUUGGAGGCGCUCCCUGAAACAAUGAAGCUCUUCUCACAGUUUCUGGGGAAGAGGCCUUGGUUUGCAGGGGACAAGCUCACCUAUGUGGAUUUCCUGGCUUAUGACAUCCUUGAUCUUCACCGCAUAUUCGAGCCCAAGUGCCUGGAUGCCUUCUCUAACCUCAAGGACUUCAUCACCCGCUUAGAGGGCCUGAAGAAGAUCUCUGCCUACAUGAAGUCCAGCCGCUUCCUCCCAAGCCCUAUAUAUACAAAGAUUGCCAUUUGGGGCAACAAGUAGAACCCCGUAGGGCCAGGAGAUUUGUGGCAUGUGGGACGCCGCCUCAGCAUGGCUUGAUGAGCAGUGCGAUGUCCGCGCCCAGGACUCCAGCCAACGAAACACUGGGUCGCGCAGUGGAGCGCGCGAACUCAACCACUCAGCUACGGAGCCUGCCCCGGUUCUCCAAUUUUUUUCAGCAAAGUCCUCCCAAUGUUAACCUUUCUGCACUAAAGUCAACCAGACUGUCCUCCCUUCAGUGGUUGCUCUGUUUGAGGUCCCCAAGCAGACCCCUGGUCUGUAGAGCUCAGCCCUGAGCUCCCAGCACUGCCCUGAAGGCCAGUAUUGUCCUGGUGUCCUGGGUCUGCUCCGCUAGCUGGUCCCUGCCCAGCCAUGCCUGGUCCCCAGUAAAGCCUUAAUCACACCUUG